GUGUACGCGCAACCCGUGUACACGUACGGCGUGCUACCCAGCUCUGAACAAGCCAAUGAGCGAAUGCUACAGCACCGCAAGGCGAAUCGAAAGCGAUUCGCCCUCGCCCGAACAACGAACGUGAAAGCUAAAAACCCCACGCCAGACGAAAAUACAGCUGGCACUUCGGAUCCGAUAUGGGUGGGAUUAAUCCAGAAAGACGAUCAUUUCCUACGAAUUAAACCCAUCUCUUGGAAAUCGGCGGAAUGCGACAUUGAGAUAUGGGGAAUUCCGUACAAUGGGAUCAUCGAUUCGGGAGCUGUCGUGUUGGAUAUUUCGCUACGGGUAGUUGAGAGGGCGGGUAGGAGAAACGAUCUAAUCAUGCUUACGGAAAAGGAGCAGCUCGUUUCGGCAGACAAAAAAAAUAUCAAAACAGUGGGACAAAUGAUCAACGUCGCUUUUCGAUUAGGAAAGGUGCAUGGGUUGGGAGAUGUCGUGGUAUUAGACGUAAACACCUAUGAUGUCCUUUUCGGCCUUCCCGCUCUUGUGGCGUUACGAGCAAACCUGGACUUCGAGCGACGGUCGAUUAUCCUCCGAAAUACGGGAGGAAAAACCUAUGCUGUACCUAUGAGGCUGACUCUUCAUACUACCAUCAACGUAGUCCCGCGAGUUUCUCCAAUGAUGGCGGGAGCUCUUCGCAUGAUCACCCGGGAAAACUCCACAGACGAUGAGCCAUCAUCGAAGGAUGCGGAUAACAGUGACGAAAAUGAUCCGGCCUGGAGAACGGACGUGGAGGGUGAUCUUCUCGGAUUCCUGUUCGGAUCGGUGCGGUCCAGUCAUCGCCAACCAAUCGUCCUAGAGCUUACGGUCCCACUCGUGCAGCUAGCCGACGAUCUUCCCCUGGAGAUCGUCUCUCAAAGUGACGAGAGCCCGGUCCCGCACGUUCUCACGCGGACCUUGGCGCCAUAUCUUCAGUGUUCAGCAUGCCUGGAGAAGCCGGGAAACGACCGCAAUCCGCCAUCACAGCGGGAUUAUCUGAGCCCCCGGGAGAUCAUCGAUCCCUCCUACUUCCAGGAUCGAACGGCCACCAAAGACGAGGUGAUAGCGGUUGAGGAAGAAGAAGAAGAGGAGGAGGACGACGAGGAAGAGACUCCCGAAGAGGGGAGUUACAGCGAACACAGCGAAGGGGAGCAAAGUGAGGAGGAGGAAGAAGAAGAACAAGACGACGAAGAGGAAGAGCUUGAGUUGGAGGAGUUGGAACGGGAUGUCUCGGCGGAGGAAGGAGAGCAAGCGGGCGCAGAGGCGGAAGACCUCGAGGCGGCACGCAAGACAGAAGAGAUCGCGGCCGAAAAACAACAGCAGGAAUUCGCCAGCGGAGCCAAUCAGCAGGUCGCCGACGAUCCGGCCCGAGAUCCAGAGCCACCCAAGCCCGAGGAUGGGGACCCAGCUGCCGAGACUUCGACCGCACCGACAAGGCGGCCACGAAGCCGAUCCCCCUCCCCCUCCACGCCCGACCGUCCACCAGUUCGAGCCCGUAUUGAUGCGGGGCAUCGGGCUUCGUCCCCGGUCGUUAUCCCGCCGUCCCCUUGACCAUCUCACCCUCCGCCAGGCUACUACCCGCGUUACCUUCUCCCGCAAUCCCUUUCCUUUCAACACCUUCCGCUUCUUCUAUGCCACCCGUCU